AUGACUCGGUUUCAAGAUUGGGAGACCCAGCUGGUGCCGACAGUGAACGGGAGGAUCUUCUUCCGUUACGCUGGCAAAGGUCAACCGAUCUUACUCCUUCAUGGUGUGCCACAGCAUUCGCUCAUGUACCACUCCAUCGCGCCGGCCCUGGUGUCGAAGGGCUUCCUCGCGAUCGUCCCCGAGCUACCUGGCUUCGGGCAAUCCAUCGUCAACAAAGGCGCCCCACUGACAUCCAAGAAUGCCGCUGACGCGCUCCACACGGUCAUGAAGUUUCUGGACUUGAAGGAAUUGCACAUAUUCGCGUUCGACAAGGGUACUGGACCUGCCAUCCUCUUAGCUCGCGAUUAUCCCAACAUCAUCAAGGGUCUCGUCAUAGCGGAAUACGCCCUCCCAGGCUUCGGUCACGAGAUUGCGCAACAACCGAGCCGCGGUCAAACUAUCUUUGACCACUGGCAUCUCGGUCUCUUUACUCUUCCUGAAGUGGCCGUCUUCCUGAUCCGCGGCCGCGAAGAGGAAUUUCUCACGUGGUAUUACUGGCAUACUUCGUACAGUGGCCACAACGCACUACCGGAUGAAUUGUUCCAGCAAUACGUCAAAGAAUGGCGCCGACCAGGAGGGGUCGAGGCUGCUGCUGAGUUCCUGGGAGGCUCAGUCUGGGCAGACAUGGAAGAGUUUGACUGCUUUAAGAAAGGCACGAGACUUCAGCAAAGACUGCUGGUGAUGGGUGGCGAGGCCAGUAUGGGCAGAGAUGGUAUCUUGGAGGCUUCCUGGAAUGGGAUCAGCGCCGAGCCUCUCGAGACAGUGAUUGUCCCCAAGGCGGGUCACUGGAUUGACACCGAGAACCCGCACUUCGUGGCUGAAAGAGUGGUAGAGUGGAUCGGUCAGCUUGGCAGACCUAUCCAAGAAGUGGACUUCAGCUGGUUGGACGCCAAUUACAAGGACAGAAUUCAGGCUGUUGAAGCCGCUGUGAAAAGAGCGACCAUCACCUUUCACGUGGGAAUACAUUAG